AUGUCCUCAGCAAGCACUCAGCGGGGUCCGCCCCUUCCCGUGUGCACUCGGGAGCCGCCUGUUCCCUGGGCGACAGUCAACAACAGGCAGGACCGGAAAACACAGCUGGGCGCAGAUGCUGCCCCAGCCUGGAGAGUUUCUGUCCCUUCAGUCACUCUGAGCUCUGGAUCCGGUCGGGGACGAUGUAGAGGGACCUUGUGCAGGCUUUCCUGGGUUAAGACGAGAGUCUCCAUCAGUCUCUCUCUUUUCUCUCUUCUUUCCCUCUCCUGCCCUUUCCAGUCCCCCAUGGACAGCCAACACGCUGGGCUCCCCAAAACCACAUCAUCCGGGUACCGAUUGCCCCCUACCAGGCCUCUUACCUCAGUUUCCAGGGCCCAAGAUGGCCUCGCAGCAAGCAGGGGUCUUGCUGGUGGUUGCCAGGGUACCGCAGUCCUGGGUGUGCAGCAGGACCAACUGUGGAGGGAGCUUGUGGAAGCUGAGGAGCGAGGCCAGCGGCGUUGGGCUGAGAACUGGGGUUUCCUGAAAGACUACGACCCUUUGGGAAAUAAGAAGGAGCCUAAGGAGCUGCCUGCCCAUGUGCCCUUCUUCUCAGACACACUCCCCAGCUCCACGAGCCGGGAGGUGGGCAGCAGGGUGGACACGCCCCUGGGGAGAGCCCUCACGCACAUGGACUUCUUCUUCAUGGAAGGCACGCGGAAGAAGAAGCCGGAGGAUGAACUGCAGCCCAUGUAGAGAUCUCAGGGUGGACCGCAGCAGGUUCCCGGGCCACAGGGUUCCCUCUGCUCGUCUCCAGAGUGCCAAGGCCAGCUGAACCAAGAAAGCCUGAAGGAGAGUAUGGCAUGCCACGUCUGCACGAUUCUGAAGGUCACAGCCAGUCCCUCGUACCCUCCACCCCACAUACCACUCCUCCGUCCCGGUCACAUCUUCAGGCUCUUUAGGAAGGUCCCUGCUUUGGACCAUCACCGUCUCCCCCACGGGCUGAGGAAAUGGAGAUGGAGGAUCCAGCCACCAGCGUCUUCUCUCUUUGGGACCGGAACAUAGAAGGCUGGAUGAGCCAGGCAGCCUCCAGACCUAGGCAUGGAGCCGUGGCACCACUCCAUGGCAUCACCAGAACACCUUAGGGAGCUUUGUCUAGACAGUCAACCCGGGCAGCUCAGAGCCUAGAGUCAUCUGGGCAGCACCAGGGGUCCAGAAGGGACGAGGCUGGGGAGCUGAGGACCACAGAAGGGCAGAAGGAGCCCUUCACCCCCGACCACUGCAUCUCUGAGCGUCUCUGCCUCCAUCUGCUCCGUGGUAGAAGCCACCUCUGCUUCCAGUGACAAGAAUGACCGCCAGCCGUGGAGGCACGGAGUGACCAUUGGGCAUCUUCCUAUACUAGGCAUGAUGAGGUCAUGUACAGGGGACACAUGAGCCAGCCUGAGAGGUGCCAGUCCACCAAACAAUGUGGACACCAAAAUGAAGGAGAACAGAAGGCCAACCCCGGCUACACCCCUGACUCACAUGCACACACACACACACACACACACACACACACACACGCAUUAUUAAAAAUAAUUACAUUUUUUUAAAGUACUGAACUCUUGAGGAUUGUAGAAUAAAGAACAGAAAUAUUGUCAUUUUAGGCCUAACACUCAUAGCUAAUUUAGGUGUGAAUUAAUAAAGGCCAUAGAAACCUUUAGUUAGAGAUUCAUAGUGAGCCUCAUCAGUAGAAGGGCUGCUGACAUGAUGCACCUCCCAAAAUGACAGUCUGGAGACACGAGCUGUGUCACCAAGGACAGAGACACAUUCUUGUCACUCUAUGAAAGACAAAGGGAGCUGAGGCCGGGACCCAGGUUAAAGGCAGUACAGUCCAAAACCUCGGCCCAUUCCUGGGUCUAUAGGGGACACUAUGGGGAGUAAACGCAGAUGACAGACGGACAGGGAGCUGCAUUGGUGUCAUAACCUGUCAAUCACACUGUGCUGGCGUAGAACCCAGCUUCUGAAACUGAGCUGGGGUCAGGUAACUGCGUGAGGGGGGGUCUGCAAAAACUUGGUCACAGUAAGUGUUUUGGACAUGCGGGGACCAAAAAUUAAUUCAAAGUCCAACACAUAAUGGACUCCAGAUGUUCCUGGCAGUGCUGGCCAGUUGUUGUAUCAUGUGACUUCACCAUGGCUGUGGCUCUGAACAUACAGUGUGUGUGAUUUGUACUGAGCAGGCUGUCACACCACACGACUUUAAGAGACCCACGGGCCCAUGCACACAUGUGUGCACACACAUGCACACACACACAAACACACACACACACACACACACAAUUGCUGCUCUAUUGACUCAAGUUUCAUUAAAAAAAAAAAGGUGCCGGGCGGUGGUGGCGCACGCCUUUAAUCCCAGCACUCGGGAGGCAGAGCCAGGCGGAUCUCUGUGAGUUCGAGGCCAGCCUGGUCUCCAAAGCGAGUUCCAGGAAAGGCGCAAAGCUACACAGAGAAACCCUGUCUCGAAAAACCAAAAAAAAAAAAAAAAAAAAAAAAAGGUAUUUGGCUUAUGGUUAGAAAGUUUCCAACAAUUUCUAAAAUAGCCUUAAACAGACUGUGCCGUUUGGUGUUAGUUAUUUCUGUAAAGGGCAGUCUCUGUUUUGGCAGUUAUAAAAUCAAAGUACCAGAGGGCUGCAGGGAGGGCUGAGAGGUAAAGGGUACUGGUUGCUCUCCCAAAGGACGGGGGUUUGCUCCCUGGCACUCACAUGGCAGCUCCUGAUUGUAAUUCCAGUUCCAGGGGAUCCAACGUCCUCUUCUGGCCUCCCGGGCAUCAGGCAUGUUUGUGGUACACAGACAUACAUGCAGGCAAAAUACACACAUAAAAUAAAAGUAGAAUUUUUUUAAAAAUUUAAAAAUUAAAUAAAAAUAUCAGUCAACUCUGAAAAAUGUUGAAAAUGUUCUACUUUCUGUCCUGUCAAAUAUUCAGCCAAGAUUUAAUUCUUUGUAUAAAAAUAAACACAACCACCUCAGUAUGUGAAUUGAC